AUGGCUCGCCAUGUGCUGAUCAAGGACCUGAAUGAUUCAACUGACCGUUGGAGCAUCCUUGUGAGGGUGUUCAGGAAGUGGAAUGUGUAUCAGAAAAAUGCUACUAACACAGAUAGGGCGAACUCAAACAUGUUAUGUAUCUCCAUGCUACUGUUUGAUGAGGAGGGUACCAAGAUCCAAGCAAGUGUCAUGAACAGGAAUAUGCAUGACAGAUUUAGAACUUCAAUCAUUGAAGGAAGAACAUAUUUUAUGGCUAACUUUGUUGUCUCUGACAAUCUGAACCAAUAUAGAGCAACAAGUCAUCCAUUUAAAAUAACUAUCACUCCUCAAACAUAUAUCACGGACCAUGAAGCCGCAAUUAAGCCAUACUCCUACUCAUUUUUUCCAAUUCCUGAGAUAUUGAAAGCUACCCCUGCUCAUCAUGUCCUAUUUCUCAUUGAUGUCAUUGCUAUUGUUAAGUCUAUGGGAACGCUGGAAGAGUUUCAUAGGGAUGAUGAGACAAAGACUAAACUUAGGAUGGUAUUGACUGAUUCAGAGGAGAAUGAUGUAGAGUGUGUGCUUUAUGAUCAAUGUGCUUCAGAUGCCUACAUGGCUUACUUACAAAAUACUGAAAGCCCGGUGGUAGCUGUGUUCAAUUUGGCUAGGAUUGGAUUCUCAGAGGAUGGAGCUCCCACUGUAUGUAGCUCUUUCAGUGCUACUAGGGUACACUUCAAUCUUGCUAUUAAGGAAGUGAGAGAACUAACUGAAAGUUUGAAGGAUGGUCCUUCUCCCUUGAUGUACUCUUAUACCCAACAGCUCCCAUCCCAAUCAAGUCAGACGACUAACAUGAACUCUCUUUAUAGCCAGCCCAAGAUCACCAUAUCCAACAUUCCUCAGCAAGCUGUUGGUGAUAGCUUUGUUAUAAGCUGUCAAAUUCAGAAGUUGGAAACAAGGUAUGGAUGGGUGUAUGAUGGUUGCUCCAAGUGUGGCACCAAACCCAGGAUUGAGAAUAGUACACAAAUUUGUGGCACCUGCAAGAAAAAAGUUGACUUCAUGGAACCCAAAUUAAGGGUGCACUAUUUGGUAAAGGACCAGACUGGAACUGCAUCUGUGAUUUUUUGGGAUAAGCAAGCAGUCCAACUGGUUGAGAAUACAGCAACUGAAAUGAAGAGGAUUCUACAGCAGAAGAAGAAGGCCUUCGAAUUCCCUGAUGACUUAGACAAGCCUGUGGGAAAGAAAUUACUCAUCAAAUUGAAGCUCAAUGAAUAUAAUAAAAAUCAUCCAUCUUCUAGCAUUAGUGUUGGCCAAUUCACAUAUUGUGAAGACCUCAUGGACCAAUUCGAACAAGUUACUUCUCAGACCCAAUCUCAACCUACAGAAGAUAUGACUCAGGUUUCCCAGCCAACUGUGCAACUUGUUGACAGUCAAGACAACGCUGACUCUGUUGCUCCCAUUAUCCAUGUACCAAUUCCUCCGGCUAUGGCAGUUGACAAUGACAUAAGGUUGUGUGAUAUUUCCAAUCCCAUGAUACACACACCUGUUAAAGGGAAGAGGAGGUAUUCAAGCAAGAAGUCUGCUGUUAAGAAUGGAGAGAGUACUUCACAAGAUCUACCUAUGAAGAUUGCUGAGGAAAGAGUGAACAAAGUUAUUAAGAAGGAGAAGUAG